CAGGGGUGAGUGGUGAGCCCGGGGUGGGGUGAGGAUGGCCUCCAGGGGUGAGUGGUGAGCCCGGGGUGGGGUGAGGAUGGCCUCCAGGGGUGAGUGGUGAGCCCGGGGUGGGGUGAGGAUGGCCCCCCAGGGGUGAGUGGUGAGCCCAGGGUGGGGUGAGGAUGGCCUCCAGGGGUGAGUGGUGAGCCCGGGGUGGGGUGAUGAUGGCCCCCCAAGGGUGAGUGGUGAGCCUGGGGAGGGGUUAGGAUGGCCCCCAGGGGUGAACAGUGAGCCCUGGGUGGGGAGAGGAUGGCCCCCAGGGGUGAGCAGUGAGCCUGGGGUGGGGGGAGCUGUGAGGCCCAUGGCAGGACGACCUGCAGAUCCACCCCUCUCCUCCCCCUUCCCCGGCAGCGUCCCCAUCUCCCCCCCCACCCCGGUCAGUUUCCCGGGUGUCCCCCUUCCUCCUCCACCCCCGCAUGGUGUCCCAUAGUCACCCCUGCCUUGCCCGCUACAGUGACAGCAUGGCAAAUAACAAGCCCCAGGCCGCUUUGGGGCCAGACCAGUGGCGGGGUGGGGGUGGAGGGGUUGUUUCCCAGACCUGGUUUUGAGAAGAGGGGAACAGAAAGUGCUGGCAGCGACAGACGGCUGAGCCCAAGGCCCAGAGGCCCGGCCCCCGGGGUGUCCUCGGUCCCCUCACCCAGGCUGGGGGCGGCGGUGACAGGAGCCCCUGUGCCCACACCAGUGGCCAUGUCUCCCCGCGGACAGCGCUACUCCCCUCCGCCCAGCUGCGCCCAGAUUGUGAAAGCCAGGCCGGCCUGCCCCGCCUCCAGCCUCCCCUUCCAGCGCAGAGACACCGCGGCUCCCGCCCUUCCAUCUUCCAGGAAGCCCCUCCCCACUCCGCCCCGCCCACCUCCCAGGUCCAGCUUCAGGGCUGCCUCCUUCUGGAAGCCUCCCGGUCCUGACCUGCCCUCCGUGAACCCCAAGAGCCCCGGGAUCAUGAAUAACAGCAACUGCAGCUCCUGGGAGCCCCCAGCGGUCAAGCAAGUCUUUCUCACCUACAUUGGCGGGCUCCUGGUGCUUGGCCUGCUGCUCAACGGCCUGGCGCUCUGGGUGCUGUGCUGGCGCUUGCCGCGGUGGACGGAGACCCGCAUCUACAUGGCCAACCUGGCUGUGGCCGACCUCUGCCUGCUCUGCGCCCUGCCCUUCUUCCUGCACUUCCGGAAGACCUCCGAGGACACGCCGCUCUGCCAGCUCUCCCAGGCUGCCUUCCUGCUCAACAGGUACAUGAGCAUCAGCCUGGUCAUGGCCAUCGCCGUGGACCGCUACGUGGCCGUGCGGCACCCCCUGCGCGCCCGCAGGCUCCGCUCCCCGGGCCAGGCCGCGGCCCUGUGCGCCGCGCUCUGGGCGGUGGUCCUCGGCUCCCUGGCGCUCCGCUGGUUCCUGGACGUGCAGAACGGUGGCUUCUGCUUUGCCGUCCGCUCCGGGCGGAACACCUACAGUGAGGUCUUCUCACUGCUGGGCUUCUACCUGCCGCUGGCCGUGCUGGUCUUCUGCUCUCUGCAGGUGGUGACCGCCCUGACCCAGAGGCCCGAGGCUAACCCGGGCCAGGCGGAAGCCACACGGAAAGCCUCUCGCAUGGUCCUGGCGAACCUGGUUAUCUUCGUGGUCUGCUUCAUGCCCUUCCACGUGGUGCUGACCAUGCGCGUGGCCCUGGGCCUGGAGACCUGUGCCAUUAAGAUGGCCAUCAAUAUCACUAGCAGACUCUCAGAUGCCAACUGCUGCCUGGACGCCAUCUGCUACUACUUUGUGGCCAAGGAGUUCCAGGAGGCAUCUGUGUCAACCACAUCCCCCAGAGUCAAGGCCCACAAGAGCAAGGACACUCUGACUGUGACCCUGACCUAGGAGAUGAGCCAUGGGCCCCCCUGCUGGAGGGACCAGUGACCAGAGACAAGGAGCCCCAUGAUCUGCCCUGAACUCACUGUGGGCCGUGGGCUGGGGGCACUCUCAGGAGGCUCACUCAGCAGGACAACCUGGGCAUGGAGCCUGGGGAGGCAACACCCCCACCCCUGGGACAGAAGCAGAACAAGGAUGAGGACAGGAGGGCUGGGGCUUGAGAGGGGCCAAGCCCAGGGACCCUGCUGCGUCCAGAGCCUGGCACACUUGGGGCACUGGGAGGUGGGUGUCUGCCGGGUGCCUGAGGCUCUGAUGGCCAGCCUUCUGCAACUGCCCCACAGGGGCCAGAAUAAAGCUCUCCACUGGG